AUGAAAUUUCAAAAGAGUUUUUCAGAAUAUUACGGCGAAAAUGAUUAUAUCAACAAAACAGAGAACGAGACUAUAUCAGGGAGUGGCAAAUAUUACAUUCAUGAUGCAGUAUUUUCUUUCCAUUACCAAAAUCGAGCAAUUUACCUUAAUUCUAAUAACAAAGUAUUAAUUGAAACAUGCUCAUUUUACAACAAUAGUUGCAAAGAAGAAGGUGGAUCAUUCUAUAUCAAAAAAUCAGAUUUUGUCUUAGUUCAUAUUUGUUGUUUAUUUUCAUCAAGCGAAAGUGGUGGAUGUGCAUAUGAAAUUCAUUCACCUGAUGAUAGUACCCACAAAAAUUAUGCAUUUGAGUGUUCAGUAUCACAAUGCAGUGGAGUUGCAUGUGCAUUUUAUCAUUAUCUUGGAGAUAUCAAAGUAAGUAAUAUGAAUACAUCUUAUCACUAUGAAAUUACUGAAUAUGCUGCAUAUGCAAUUGAUCAUCCAAGAGGAGCAGUAAUUAUUAUUAAUUUCACAACAGCAUCAAAUUCAUCAUCUUCAUUUCAGGGUGUAAUUUCCCAUUAUGAAGGUAAUUACAAUAUUACAAAAUGUAAUUAUUUAAACAAUGAAUGUCAAGGAGGAGAAUUUUCUACUGAUGCAAUAAUAAGGUGUUAUGGCUCAUGUACAUUUUCAAAUUGUUCAUUCAUAGGAAAUAAAGGAAACUAUUUAUUUUCAGAAAAACCAACUAUUGAUAAUUGUUACUUUAAGGCUCCGGUCCUGCAUGAUUACUGCAUAUAG